CAACUUCUAUUUUUCUUCAACAUGGAUCGAACGGUGGUGGCAUCGGUGGUGGUUGGCGCGGGUUGCCUUGUCCUUUGCGCCGUCGGAGCUGGUUGUGUGGGAUAUCCCAAUAAAUGCCCCGUCGAAGGUGCGUAUGUGAUUCCCAUGGCGAUCGUCGCGGUCGCUUCGUUGGUUCCUGUCGUGGCCAUCUGGGUCGCCGCUUUCAUCGAUAGCCGACGCCGCAGCCACUCAAGCUCGAAAUCAAAGCCCGACGAGCUGACCUCCCUCGUGCCGUCCACGUCCGUGUCCGACGCGGCGGCGCGUAUUCCAGUGUACAUGUACGCUAGUCACUUUAUGUCGUCUUGGGGCGACCGCAUGUGGCAGUUUGCGAUUCCGCUGCUUUUCAUGGAGAUCUUUGUCGACACGUUGCUUCCCAGCGCCUUGUUUUCAUUGGUCGUGUACAUUGUGGGGGUGGCGACAGUGCCCGUGGUGGGGGCGUGGAUAGACCACACGAACCGUCUGCGUGUGAUGCGCGUGUCCAUCUUGAUCGAAAACGGAUGUAUCAUAGCCAGCACCAUCGCCCUCGGCUCCAUCUUAUACGUGCUGUCGUCCGAGCCUGCCACAACCACUCCGGGCGUGCACUGGUCGUGGCCGAUGAUCGGUCUCUUUGGGGUGACAGUCGUGGCGGGGGCGGUAGGUCAGGCAUACACGGACGCGCAGACGCUGUCGAUCCAGCAGGAUUGGGUGGUCGUGGUGGCUCGGGAGACGGGCGUGCCUCUGGGGGACUGGAACGCCUCUCUCCGCCGCAUCGACCUCAUCUGCAAACUGGCAUCCCCCGUCGCGUUUGGGUUGAUCAUGGACUUUGCGGGCGACGCCCCCAUGACCCGCGCGGCCACUGGGGCGGCGGUGGUUGGGGUAUGGAACCUCCUCGCGGCUCCGCUGGAGUACUGCAUGCGCGUCGACACGUACCACUUUGUGCCAGCGUUGCACGACCAGCCCAACCAGCUCAAGAAGAAACCGACGCUGAACUUCACACAGUACUUUGCGUCGUGGACCGAAUACUUUAACCACCCCACAUUUCUGGCGAGUUUUUCCUUCUGUGCGUUGUACAUGACCGUGCUGACUGGGGACGGGCUCAACUCUGCGUAUCUGCAGUGGCGGGGCGUUCCCCUUUCCCUCCUCGGGUUGAGUUCGGGCCUCGGCGGUCUCUUUGGGUUUCUUGGGACGCUGCUCUUUCCAGUGCUGUUGGCAUGUCUUGGCUCGAUUGAACGUGUGAGCGUGUGGAGCGUCUGGUGCUUCUGGGCCACCCUCGUGCCCGUGUGGGUGGCCUGUGUCUGGUAUGGCGAGUCCUCUGUGUCCGAUUACAUUAUGAUGGUCGCGGUGCUCUUCUCGCGCAUGUGGCUGUGGUCGUGCGACUUGGGGGAAACGCAAAUCAUGCAGGAAUGGGUCGAAGCUGACCGUCGAGGUACAAUGGAUAAAGAUAUGAUUCGUCAUGUGAUACUGUAUGGGGGGGGGAUAUCUGUCUCGUGAAUACAUAGUAUGCGAUAUGGUGUGAUAUGAUGUGAUGGGGGGGUGGUGUAGGCUCGAUCAACGCCAUGCAAAAUGCCACGUCCAAGCUGUUUUACAUUGCGGUACUGCUCGUGAGCGUGUUCUGCAGCGACCCGCGCGAGUUCGUUACCCUCGUGAGUGUGUCUGUUGGAGCCGUGUUGUCGUCGGCCAUUGGAUUCACGGUCUGGUAUGCCCGCCAUGUGAAGAAGUAGCAUCUCGGCUGCAGGUUAAUACAAGCUUAAUAACCUAGAACAACUCCAUUGUGCUUUUCAG